AUGGCACAUUAUAAUUUAUUCACUGAUAAUAAUGGUUUACCGAUUAUGCUUGAAGAUGGCCAACAGUUGUGUACGGUUGUUGAUGGUCAACGAUAUGUAAUUAUUCAAAACGUAAAUAAUGGUGUUAAUAAUGGUAAUCAGAAUAACGUAUUAGCUUACUCAGCGUUUAAUGAUAACGAAACUACUGUCUAUUCUCAUCAAGCACUUAUUGGUACACAGAGUCCCGCAGCACUUGAACGCGGGCAGAACGUUUUUAUUUUAGAAUCUGGAGAAAUAUCAGUACAGCCGAGUACAUUUAAAACGGAGAGCUCACAGAAUAUUUCUGUUGGAGACAGUUCGUCAAGAAUCAUAAAAGCUCCCAAAGCUGUUUCUAAUACUUUGAAUGAUAAAAAAAGCAAUCAGUGGGUUGGAACUUCGUUUAAUAAAACACAACUUACUAUGAAUAAUCAAGCUCAGAAAACUGUCACAACAUUAGCUCAAUUGGAAGAAGGACGAGUAUCAAAGCCGAGAAACAGACUUCCAGCGCCAUUAGUAUCGCAUCCAUCGCCAAUUGUGACCAACACUUCUCAGAAUAUUGCCAGGACGUCAACGCCACGGCACACGCCAACACAGACAGUCCGAGUGGCAACACUCUCACCCAAUAUAUCGGCUGUAGUCCCACCGAAACCGACAUCCAGGCCACCACUGCGCGGUGACAAUGCGGCACUUCGUCGCAGCUUGACUCCACGAGCUCCAGUUCCACGACAGGCGACACCUCAAGUUCGCCAGGUUAUGGAUUGCCUGAGCGAGCGAAUAAAAGCUUCCCAACCACCGCUAAUGCGAGGUCUUUCUCCUCAACAUCAACAGCCACAGCAACAACAACAACAGUCACAUCAACAACCACAACAACAACAACAGCCGCAGCAGCAGCAGCAGCAACAACAACAACAACAACAACAACAACAACAACAACACCAACAACACCAACAACAGCAACAGCAACAGCAACAACAACAACAACAACAACUCCAACUCCAACAAUUACAGCAGAAACAGCAACAACAAAUAUCAUCACAGCAGUUGAUGGCACUUAAUUCAAUGAAGCGGCCAGUGGUGAAUUCUCCACGACCUCGAUUACCCAUCACGCCACAGAAGCAAAUUACUCCGGUAGCUACCCAAAGACCCACGCCGUCUUGUCCAACUACUCCAGAUUCGAGUCCAGAAAAAAUGGAAAUGUGUAGUUACCCUGGCACUCCUGAGAAGUCUGGAACCACACAUGGGGAGCAAAAAUCACCCUCUGACAGCGAUGCAGGAUCUGAAAGUUUUGUCUAUCUUCAAAGAACAAUAAAAGAUCCAGUUAACGCAAUCGUCCAGCAACAAGUAAGCGGCAGUAUUGUCAAGAUGUUGGUGGUGUUGGCUAGCAGAGAACAGCGGUUAAUAACAUUUGACAUCCCCGCCGAAGAAUGUACAGUCCAGGAUCUUCUAGAUCAAGUAGAUAUUCCUUUCAACGGUAAAACAAUAGUAUCACUUGUCACAGAUGUUGCGUUGAACAUUAAUUAUAUCGUCGAAAGCGAAGCUGGAGUCAUUCAUACGAUGCACGACACCUCAGACACUUCAGAUCAAUCCGAAAACCAAUCAAACACUCAGACAAAUGAAGACAGCAGCCCUCCUCACGAAGAGCCCAAGUAUAUCGAGGGACAAAGUGCUCUCUGUCCUUACUGCGGCACUCAUUCCUAUGAUUUUAAUCGCUGCUACAAAUGCAAAAAAUCAUUGCCAAGUGACUCGCGGCAGGUGUCAAUGAACCUAACGACAAGUCAACAGAAAAAAGAGAUGAUAUCGACUGAAAGCUUUUACAAAAAACGCAAUGAAACCAAUAAAUUCGAGCGUGAAUUGGGACCACGCAAACGUGGACGACCACCUAGAACAUCUACACCAUCUACAGCGGUAAUUAGUAAACUUAAACAAAAAGAACCUGAGUGCUUGACUCUGUCAUCGGAUGAUGAUGACGGUGAUGAUGACGGCAGUGGCUCCCGUAAAAAAACAACGGCCCAGCAUAAAUCUUUGAACAACUUGAUCACUAGCAGCGGAAUGAUGAACGACGAAAUGGAGUUUAUAUCUGAGAAAGAACCUGUCAUCACGAAUAAUAAAACAGUGUUACAAGAACAAAGCUUUCAGCCAGUCCAAAAUACUGAGCUAGAUUUAAUCGAUAAAAAUAACGGUGAUGUAAUGGGUGAAGAUAACGUCAACCUAAACUUAAAACUCGAGACUUCGUUUACAUGUCGCACUGUUAGAAUAGGUUCAUACAAGUACGUACCGCGGGAGAAAAUAUUUUUGAGUAAGAACGGUUUAAGAUUAGUGGUACCUCUGCUCGAAGAUCAGGAUCAGUGUGUCACGAUAAAUGUUAAGAUCUCCGAAAUUGUAAAAGUACUGAUACAUUUUGGCAAAGCAAUGCCAGUGUUGUUUUUUUACACAAAUCCAAGCUGUGGAGCAAACAUUCGCGAGCUCUUGGGAAUGCAGGACACUAAGGGCCAGUACUUUGAUCCAGCUGGUAAGGAUCAGACGCACAAGAGGAUAACGCUACUGCCGGAUAAAAUAUCCGAGGAAGCUAGGCAGGUUUGUAAAAUGAUAUUCCCCCCGGGAAGUAAGAUGGAUGAAUUAAAUGCUAAAGAAGCAAAUGAUAUUUUGGUGCGUGCGUCUCCAAAGGAUAACUCUCAGAUGCCAUUGAUGGUGAAGAAACCACCAUUAUCAUCGUCGACUGUUAAUUCUGGUAAUAUUGUAAACGGUCGUCCUAAUGAUCGUCUCGUCCAGAAGUUGACUGUUUAUCCACCACCGCCAGCAAAAAGCGGUAUUGCUAUUAAUACCGAAGAUUACACUUGUCUUGGAGAAGACCAAUUCCUCAAUGACGUUAUAAUAGACUUCUAUCUCAAGUAUCUAACGCUCCAAGUACUUUCUGACAUUGAUCAGCAUCGUACACAUGUUUUCAGUUCAUACUUUUAUAAACGGUUAACAAGUCGUCAUGCUCAAUCAGCAGAUAUUACCAAUUCAGUGUCACCAGCCGCAAAACGCCAUGCUCGUGUACAAAAAUGGACUAAAAAUGUUAAUAUUUUUGAAAAAGACUUUAUUAUCAUUCCGAUAAACGAACAUGCUCAUUGGUUUUUAGCGAUUAUUUGUUACCCGGGACUGGUGGGCACUGUGUUGCCCCCAUCACCCCCUAAAGAUCCCGAUGUUAAAAAAUCUAAGAAAAAUAAAGAAGUAAAGGUUCAGACGCUGACUAUCGGAAGUACGACAAUUACACCCGUGGCUACUCCAACGAUAACGAUCGACCAAAAUGACGAGGAUUCUGAGAGAGAUGAGGCCGAAGGCGAUGAGGAUGAGAUGGAUAUGGACAGUGAAGAAGAUGACGAAGCUAGUGAUAAUGCUGAAGGAAACGCCAAUGCCAAUGCUAAGGUCUCGAUUACUCCUGUUGAAAAAAAAAUUGUCUCCUCCCAGCAAGAAGAACCAACAGUCAAAUCGCCCUGUAUUUUAAUUUUCGAUUCUCUCAAAGGUGCCAGUCGGUCUCGCGUUGUUGCCACGCUUCGUGACUAUUUGAGUUGCGAAUAUCAGGCUAAACUUGGUAAAGAUAAAGUCUUUUCUAAGGAUACAAUCAAGGGAAGCUGUCCGAAGGUUCCACAGCAAUCGAACUUCACUGACUGUGGGCUUUAUUUAUUACAAUACGUCGAAAGUUUUUUCAAGGAUCCAAUAAAAGAUUACAGAAUACCGAUAAAGUCUGUGAAAAAUUGGUUUGAAGAGAUAGUAGUUACAAGAAAACGUGAAGAACUUUCAAACCUUUUAAUAAAACUAAUGAAUGAAACUAACGGAGACAAAAAAAUAAUUCUACCCACGGUCCAAUUUCCGACGCAAGACGGCAAGCUUAAACCAAAAUCUGAGACCUCGGACAAGUCUGAUCUCAAGGGCCAAAAAGGUGAGAGUGAAGCUAAGAAAUCCAAAAUUGAGAAAGAACAAUCAUCGAAUGUUAGUACUAACCAACAACAGCAACCCGACUCACAGGAGACACCAAAUCGUCCUGUUAAAACGUAUCUUACUAUUGUACCAUGUUCGUCAACAUCUGGAGAAUUCAAUACUGUUGAAAUGGUUGUUACUAAAACACCCACGUCAACUGUCACAUCCACGGCGUUUUUAAGAGCCAAACGUAUCCCUAGGUUAAUACAAAAAGAAUCUGAAACUUCGGCACACGAUUCAUCAGCUGCAGCAGUUCCUAUAAAAAAGCACAAGGGUGAUUGUUUGGAUUCUUGUAAAUAA